CUAAGCUUUACAGAGGAGCUGGUUUGCCAAAUGAGGUUCACGGUGUUUGUGUGGAGAUUUCAGCGAAUGAAAAGUAGUAUAGCAGCAAACUGUCCUCAGUAAAGAUAGUUGCAGGAUUUAACCGGCAGCUCCUGACUCUGCAUGAGGUAGCAUAGAGCAGGUUUUUAGCCCGUUUCUUGAUGAAGAUGGCAGCUAACAAUGCAGUGCUGAACAGACUGGAGCAGAAGGGUGCAGAGGCUGAUCAAGUUAUUGAAUAUCUCAAACAGCAAAUUGCCCUGCUCAAGGAGAAAGCUAUCUUGCAGGCAUCUCUCCGAGAAGAGAAAAAGCUCCGUGUGGAAAAUGCAAAACUGAAGAAAGAAAUUGAAGGGCUGAAACAGGAGCUGAUUCAGGCUGAAAUUCGAAAUGGAGUAAAACAGGUUGCAGUUCCUUCUGGUACAACUGUGUCUACAGCUUCAUUUUCAGAAGAUGUUCCACAACCCACAGCAGUUGCAUCAUCUGGUUCCAAAGAUCACGUUAAAGGUGAAGAUGAAGAAAAGAAAAAGAGGGAAAAAGUAGAAAAAAAAGGUGAUAAGAAGGAGAAGAAACAGCAGCCAGCUGCUGGAAGUAGUGAUUCAAAACCUGUAGAUGUGUCUCGUCUGGAUCUUCGUGUCGGCUGCAUUAUUAGUGCUGAAAAGCACCCAGAUGCAGACACGUUGUAUGUUGAAAAGGUGGAUGUUGGAGAAGCGAGCCCAAGGACCGUUGUCAGUGGUUUAGUGAAAUAUGUUCCCCUGGAUCAGAUGCAGAAUCGGAUGGCAGUACUGCUCUGUAACUUGAAGCCUGCGAAGAUGAGAGGAGUAGUAUCUCAAGCAAUGGUGAUGUGUGCCAGCUCCCCAGAAAAAGUGGAAAUUCUGGCUCCCCCACCCGGAGCGGUAGCUGGAGACAGAAUCACUUUUGAAGGUUUUCCAGGAGAUCCUGAGAAGGAACUUAAUCCCAAGAAGAAGAUUUGGGAGCAAAUCCAACCUGAUCUCCAUACCAAUGACCAGUGUGUGGCUACAUACAAAGGAGUUCCAUUUGAAGUGAAAGGAAAAGGAGUCUGCAGGGCAGAGACCAUGGCAAACAGCGGAAUUAAAUAAAUGGUUGUUAGCUGCUUAUUCAGAUGUUGAAAUGGAAAGUAAUGCGAGCACAAUAAAAAACAUGAAUAUAUAACCCUCUGAAA